AUGGAAUGGCACGUAUCCAAAUCGAGAGGCCACCAAUCUGUUCACGAUAAAGCCCUCACAAUUUUUCAAGAACGAAUUAAGUCUCUUGCUGUCGCUGAACGAGAAAUUGAGAAGGAACGAAUACAAAGUAACAUCGAGCUCAAGACUGAAAAGCGAAAGGUGCAAGAAGAUUUGUUCAACUUAAACAGGGACAGAAAACGGUUUGCCAGAGAAGCCAGAAAUAAGUUACAGUUACACCAACUUCCUUGUUUGGUCAGUAGGGAGAAAACGUUUCAAGGAUUAUCUGUUAGAGAUAAACAGAAAUUACUUCGGUCUUUUAGUACUGAGAGAUCAGCGGACACAUUUCCCUCGAUAACUUGCACUGACGCGAAUGUACCACAGAUUAUGAAAAGGUCUAUUUCGAGGGAAUCGCAGUUUCAUAACUGGGUGAUUGGUUUUCCAAGGAUUAAAGAUUCGUCCUCUAAGCGAACGUUGCGAAAUAAAAAGCUAGCUAAGCAGGGAACGAAACAUGAAAACAGCGAUGCAGGAGCGGUGAAAAGACAUUCUAAGGUUGAGAAUAUUGUUUUCAAUGUCCCCGUGACAUUAACGAAUGGAAAAGCUUCAGCGAGGCAUGAUCAAGUGCAAGUCAGUCAUCAAAAGCGAAGGAAAGGGGUUGCAACAAGCUGGAACGUGAAAAAUGAAAAGCUACCAAAACUCAAAGAUAUACUCGGAAAAGAUUGA